AUGGGCUCGAAAGUAAGUCGUCGUCAUUCGAAAAGUGGUGAGCAAUUGAGUAAGGAAAUGCUCGUUGAACUCAGCGAAGAGACAGGCUUUAGUGAAGAAGAACUGCUCAACUGGCAUACUAACUUCUACAAGGAUUGUCCAGAUGGGCGUUUAACUUUGAAACAAUUCGAACAUGAAUAUUCAAAAAUCAUGGGUCGACCUACGCAGAAAACAACUGAUUAUGUCAAACACAUGUUCAACGUUUAUGAUCAAGAUAGAAAUCAAUUUAUCGACUUUAAAGAAUUUGUCACGGCAUUAUCAGCUGCGUCAGUGAUGAAUCGUUUGCGUUUAGUUGAGACGAUGUUCAGUAUGUUCGAUUUAGACCACGAUGGACGAAUAACCAAAGACGAAAUGACCAAAAUGUUACAUACCCUCGUCGACGUGACAAACUCGAACAAAAAGCGUCAGCAGAAUCACUCUAAUAGUGACAAUGGCAAUCAACAGGCAAAUCUACAAAAGCGUAUUGAUGAUGCAUUCAACGAACUAAACACCAACGAUGAUGAUCACAUAACAAAAGAUGAAUUUAUCGAAUGGUAUAUGAAAACAGGUUUAUUAUCUGAGGUCAAAACCUCCGGUAUAAAUGUUCGUGAUGCACGUCGUGUUCAAGAGUUUGACAAGAAAUCGCGGAAAAUCAGAAAGCAACAAGUUGAUCCGAGAGAUCAUGUCGAUGAGUACCAGUCGUCGCAAGAAAAACGACAUAUAACACGUAUGACUGAACAAAGACCACCAAUGAAGUCAACAACGGAUGAGAGUGACGAUGACGAUGAUGAUGAUGUCGUGAUGGGAGAUGACGACAGUUUACGUCAACAGACUUCGUCGGAUGAUACAGAUUCUCAUUAUUCGAAAGAAAACGAACGUUGGCAACACUUGUUUAAUUCUGUUCUUGGACAGAUUCGCGCGCAACGUGAAUACAAUCAAGAACAAGAACAAAAAGUCGAAUUGAACGAACAAAAUCGCAUCAGCCAUUUCAAUUCAUGGAAAAAAUAUGGUGAGGAACAAAUGAAAAUCGAAUACUUUCGACAGAGAUCGACCGAUGGUGUCACAUCACCGUCGGAUGUCGUUACAAUUCGAUUUUGA